UCGUGCAAUUUCGUUAAGUACAGCUUGUCAACGUGACGCGACGGGGACAAAUACGUAUUGUCUACUGAUGAUUCGUCUGUGCAACUAAGUUCCGUUUCUCCCUCUCGUCGAAGCAUCGUCCCCCUUCGUACGUACAAUUCUUCCCCCACAAAUUUUCAGUACAUUGGCGGAUUAACAUGAAUGCGUUGUUCGACACGCGCUAUUAUAAUAUAACUAAACUGUUUGCGUCGAUGGUCGGUAUAUGGCCAUAUCAGUCGCAAUUUAGAAAAAAGAUCAUUCAAUCAGUCAGCAUGUUCGUAAUGUUCACAUUUUUUCCGCCUCAGGUGAAGAGAUUGUACGAUGUGUGGGGGAAGGACAUAGACGCCGUGUGCAUGUGUAUACCUCCUAUCGUGACUAUUUUAGUGAGCAUGACUAAAGUAGUGACCAGCGUACGAUGUGAAUCGCAGGUGAAAGAGUUACUGCGCCAGAUCGAAAUGGACUGGAAAAUAAAUCCGACGGCGAAGGAGUAUGAAAUUUUAGUGAAUUACACGUCGAAGGGGAGAACGUUGUGCAUCGUUUACUCAACUAUGUUGUGUAACGGACUUAUGUGCUUUAUCAUGACACCGGUGAUCUCGCCGAUACUGGACGUCAUCUUACCCCACAACGGCACGCGCGCGAGAAGCUUGGCCUACGACCUCGAUUACGGGAUUGACGUUCAGACUCACUGGCUAUGGUUGUGGCUGCACAGUAGUACGACGUCAACGGCGACUAUAUUAAAUAUCAUUGGCGCCGAUCUGAUGUACGUUACGCUUACCGUUCACAGUUGCUGCCUGUUUGCGAUAGUAAGACACAAAUUGGAGCACGUUGCCGAUUCGAUAAAAAAGCACACCAUGCAAUCUCUCGAGAAUCAUAAUUAUAAUGUUGAAUGCUACAUAAAAUAUGAAGAUCGACAACUAAGAUUAAAAGAGCAAGCUGCUGUCGUGAGAGAAUGCGUCAUUAAUCAUCAAAGAGCAAUACAUUGUGUGCAAUUAUUGCACUGCAUUUAUACGUGGUGUUUCCUCGUCAUAUUAGGCUUAAACCUAAUCAUCAUAAGUAUCUCUGCAGUUCAAUUAGUGAGCAGGCUAUUCCAAUGGGAUGGGAUGGCGAUGUGCGUUAUGUUCAUAUGUGGCCAACUGACUCACUUGUUUUUUCUUAGCUUAAUGGCGCAAUAUCUACUGGACCAAAGCUCGAACGUUCACGGAUCAACGUAUUCAUGCUUCUGGUAUAAUAUGCCUGUCCAGAUACAAAAGGACAUUGUACUGAUCUUGAUAAGAAGCCGUAUACCGUGCAAGAUAAUGGCUGGAAAACUAUUCGUAAUGUCGCUGGAGAACUUUUGUACGAUAGUGCAGACGUCAAUGUCCUAUUUCACAGUGUUGGCAUCUUUUCGAUAAGUAUUUGCAUCUUCUUUGCAUUGAAAUAACUAACGUCUUAUGCACCUUUAUAAAAUUAAUAAAUAAAACUAUGAUUCGUUAAUCAAAUACCUACUUAUUUGAUGCCUAUACUGCAGUUAUGGAAAUGUACUGAUACUUAAUAUAUUUGUCAGAUAUAAUUACCGUUUUUACCGCAGUUUUCUUCAUAAUUCUUACGUAAAUGUUGAUUAAAUAAAGAAUAAUUAAGAGAGCUCAGAAUGGAAAGUUGUAUUGUAAAAUAGAGAUAAUUAGCAUUUAAAAAUUUCAUAUGCAGUGCGUUAUUGAUUUCAACGUGCGGACCAAUUAAUACCUGAGAGAGGAAAUAAUUCCGUAUUGGAAUGAUUGGAUAAUCUCAAUUAUCACAAAAUUACACAAUUUAUGAAUAAAUUGUAUGGACAAUUUAUUGACGUAGAACUACG